AUGGACGGCGUUGCUAUUUUUAUCAAUAAAGAUAGAUUUGAUCUACUUAAAUCCCACAAGGUCAACUUCGGUCACUACGUCUCGACACAUACCGACCGUUUUCAAAUUACUGAGGACAUGAAGUCUCGAUUGAUUCCUCGAAACACGGUUGCCGUUCUCGUGAAGCUUCGCGAUAAGCUAACGAAAAAGAUUCUAUAUGUCACGAACACACAUUUGUACUGGCUGCCCGCAUUUAAUGAUGUAAAAUUGAUGCAGACUAAGCUCUUGCUAAAUGAAUUAUCAAGGUUCACUGAAGAAUGUGACGAGGAAAAUCCGUGCAUACUUAUGUGCGGUGACUUCAAUUCUACGCCUACAUCGUCCGUUUACAAACUUCUUUCCAGGGGGAUCGUGAGACUUUCUUCAGAGAAGGACCUAGCUGAUUACUACUAUGGUGAAAAACUAGACGGCGAGAGUAUCUCUAAUGAUGUGCUUCGCAAUCAGUUCUCUUUAGUGCCAGCCUAUGGGCCUCUUCUCGACGACUCAUUCUCUGAAAAGCUUGACUUUACCAGCUAUACUAAAAGUCUCACUGCAGUUUUGGACCACAUAUGGUUCUCGAAAUCAAAUUUGGCAGCUACCAAGGUUUUGGGUAAAGUUGAUGAAAGCUACAGUAUGAACGCUGCCGGAUUUCCUGAUCGGCAAUUUCCAUCUGAUCACAUUCCACUCAUAUCUGAAAUAAAGUAUCUCUGA